AUGGCUUCAUGUAAGGUCCCAGACAAUUUGGAUGUCAUUCUUAGCUAUGCUGACUUUACAGAUAUUCUUGAUCGUCUUCAUGCUGGAGUUUUCUUGAAUGAAAAGACAAAGUUUUGGUUUGACGAGAUUAUCAAUGCCAACGUAUUCGAGUUGUAUGCAAGGGGUCUUUCAAUUGCUUGGAAAGAUGAUCAACAUCGUUGGAACUGGACUUCCAUGGAAGACACUGAUGGUGUUCAAGUGGCUGAGGCGGUAAACAUGCCUUUGCUUGGGGUGAAAAAGAAUUUCCCUAUGUACAUGUUCACCCCAAGGACUUCUUACGAAGUUUCAUUUAUCUUAAGGAAGAAAGAGGAUAAUUCGGGGCUUGACCAACUAGUGAAGCUGAAACUUCCUGCUACCCAACCAAGAGCCAAUUGA